AUGCCGGCAAUUAUGGAUGAUCCGGACUCUCCCACCAUCUAUAGGGUUUCGGGAGAGCCUCCAUAUCCGGACCCGAACACCCCGGCCCUGCCGGCAAACAUCCUCCCGCGCCAGGUGACUCUCCGAGAUCGUCAAACGGUUGCUACUGUUGUGCCGUUUGCGUCUCGGCACCAGGUGCCCCUUUCACUGGUCAAUUAUCUGGCUGACCAGUUUGCCAAGGAAAUUGAGGGCGGCGAUACGUACCCCAUGAUUGAGCCCAUGUCUCGGGAGAGGUUUGCCUCGUAUUGGUUCCAGAAUUUUGGUGCCAUUAUGCUUCUCGGCAGCAUUGACAGCCCGGCUGACGUCGUUGAAGGCAAGGACUGGUCCAAGGAGUGUUUGGGCAGCUUCUAUAUCAAGCCCAACUACCCCGGCCGCAGCAGUCACGUCUGCAAUGCUGGGUUUUUGGUCACCGAUGCUUCCCGAAACCGCGGCGUUGGUAGGCUCAUGGGCGAGAGUUACCUUGACUAUGCUCCCAAGCUGGGCUACACGUACUCGGUCUUCAACCUGGUCUAUGAGACAAACGUCGCCUCGUGUAAGAUUUGGGACGCACUCGGCUUCAAGCGUAUCGGACGUGUCAAGGGGUGCGGAAAUCUCAAGAGCUAUCCUGGCCGGCUUAUUGAUGCCAUCAUCUACGGGCGCGAUCUCGUGCUGGGCGAAAGCGACGAACUCGUGAGUGAAGAGCGUUUCGACAAAAUCAAAUUCUACCUCAAAUACGGCAAAUAUCCCAAGGGGGCUGACCGCGCCGAAAAAAGCAGGCUCCGCAGCGCGACGACGCACUACAAGCUAAUUGACGGCGAUAAGCUCAUGCUGAAGGACAAAGAGGUCAUCUCGGACCCGCAACAACAAUACGAGAUCUCUCGCCAGGUCCAUAUGCAGCAGCACGGGGGUAUCAACAAGACUACAGCCACGAUCACCGAGAAGUACCACUGGAGUCGCAUCAAGGAAACGGUUUCCGAUCACCUGCCGCACAACCACGACCCACAUCACCGCACGGCUGAGGAGGAGGAAGCAGACCGUGAGGCUGUGGACCGCGACCUAGACAUGCUAAUAGAACCUCAAGACGACGAUGACGAGCCGCCGGAUAUGGACAUCGAUAUCGGUGUUGGAGGCAACCACGAUGAUUUGUCAAAGAUGAGCGUCACGCAUCUGCUCUCAGCGCCUGAGGCCGAUGGGGCUGCAUCGAAAGAUCCCGAAACACCAAAAACGAGAGAUAUGUUUGACGUGGAAUAUUCUGCCCCAGGAUGA